AUGUGCGGGCGCGUCGACAGCGAGUGGAGCGUCAAGUUGGCACAGUCCGACAAUCGAGCAGACCAGCGAGCGAGAUGGAAGCGAGCGGCGAGCGUGUCGAGGUUGAACCGUUCGAAGUGGGGCGGAGCGUCCACGACACCCGCUCUCAAGCUGGCUGAAGGAGUCCAGUCGUGCCGGCAGAGUGCUGGAAAGCUGGCUCUGAUACACUCGAAGCACCCAAGUCAAACAGCCAGGUUGACCUCGUCGACGAGCUCGACCUCAUCUCGACCUCCGCCUACUCGCACUGUCCUUGCUUUUCCGCGCCUGCUGAGGAUGGCAGACGCUCGCGAGACUGCUGGACUGGCGCCUGGCCACAAGCUCUACAUCUUCUUCUCGAUCCAGGGCCCGCUCGAGGAGUUCCGUUUGCCAGAGAUUGAGUCGGUGGCCCAAUUGUACAACAUCCCGUUCUCCUGGCCAGCCAAGCCAGACUACACCCGGCCUUACAUGCUGAUCGGUCUGCCCGACGACGAGGCUGCGAGGAAGCUUGGGUCGAGGCUGGUCAGCGUGAAGCAUGUGUGGGAGUUCUGGGCGACGGCGGAGACGUACGAGGAGCUGCACGAGCGGGUGAAGAGCGCAGAGUGCCGGGAGAAGUGGGACAAAUACGCCGUCGACCGGGACUGCCGCUGGAAGUUCACCAUCGCCGGCCACAACCGCACCAUUCCCCUCCCGCAACAAGUCGCCCUCGUCAACACCUUUCAGUACAUGGCGUUCAUCGGCGAGAUCGACCUGCGCAAUCCCAUGCUCGAAGUUGGGCUGUUCGAGGAGUACGCGUCGGACCCGCUGCGAGGCGCGAAGGUAAGGGAGAAGCGGAAGGAGAAAGGAAUGGACCCGAGCAAGACGGGCAAGGAGAAGGCAUUCGAGGAGGGAGAUCCCGAGGACACGGGCGGCUUGAGGUCGGUGUGGAUGGGACGCAAGAUCUGCGACACUUCACGGCACAUGAUGGACGUCUUCGACUUGAAGAAACGUGCGUACAUCGGGACAACCUCGAUGGAGGCCGAGGUGUCGCUCCUCAUGGCGAAUCAGGCGCUCGCGGCGCCAGGGAAGUGGGUGUACGAUCCGUUUGUCGGUACGGGCUCGAUGCUGCUCACCGCCGCGGCUUAUGGCGCGAUGACUUUCGGAAGCGACAUCGACGGUCGGCAAAUACGAGGAAAGAAAACGUCUAUCCGGCACUCGGCGGAGCAGUACGGCGUGCAAGGUCGGAUACAACACCCGUGGCGAACAGGCGAGGUGUUCGACGCGAUUGUGACAGACCCCCCUUACGGCGUUCGUGCGGGUGCGAAGCGGUUAGGACGAGAAGAGGGUGCGAGGGAGGUCCUGCCGAUGAUAGUGCCCGGUCGAGAGCACGAGGGGUAUCACCAUACCUUCCCCGACUAUGUCCCUCCCUCGGUCGGCUGGCCCAUGGAGGAAGUCAUCUCAACCCUCGUCACCUUCUCGCUCUACCUCCUCCGCCCAGGCGGCCGCCUCGUCUUUUUCCUCCCGACCGACAACGCCGUCUACUCGGACGUCGACAUCCCCUCGAUCCCGGGCAUGCGACUCGUCUCGAACACGUCGCAGAGUUUCGGCAAAUGGGCGAGGAGGCUGAUCACGAUGGAGAAGACGGAUGCGAACGAGGGGGAGUGGAGGAAGGCGCUUGAGGGGCUGGACCGCGGCAUCAGGCGAGAGGGGAAGAAGAGCGUCUGGGAAGAGGAGCAGGAGCGGGAGAAGCAGGCGAGGGAGGACGACGAGCGGAAGAAGCCUGGUCACGCCGACUUUAACCGGAGGUACUUUGCGGGAUUCGAGGAGGUCAAGGAGGGCAUCAAGAAUCUCCUAGUUGGGCAGAAGGAGGAUGCUGGCACGAAGGAGACGCAAUGA